AUGUCUUUGAGAAGCUGGAUCUCUUCCUUCCCCCUCAUGGGCCUCGUCACUGGCUUUUCCCAAGAUAUCUUGACUAGUAUCUUAAAAACUGGACCCAUCCCAGAACAUAUUGCUUUUAUCAUGGAUGGCAAUCGUCGCUUCGCCAAAAAAAAUGGCCUCGAGCUUGGAGAGGGCCACGUUGCAGGCUUUGAAAGUCUUGGUACUAUUCUUGAAGUUCUCUACAGUGCUGGUGUCAAUACUAUAACCGUCUAUGCCUUUUCAAUUGAAAACUUUAACCGCCCAAAACACGAAAUUGAUUCCCUCUUCAACAUUAUCCGCAGCAAACUUGUCCUGAUUAAGGAUAAAGACCAAGUGCCUUCCCGAUAUGGAAUCAAAGUUAAAUUUAUUGGCAAUCGCGACUUGAUCCCUGAAGAUAUCAUGGUUCUCAUUGAAGAGCUAGAGGAAGCAACAAAAGAUAUGACUAGAGGUAUCUUGAAUAUUGCCUUCCCAUACACCUCUCGCGAUGACAUUGCUGCCGCCAUCCGCAAUAUCGCCACCUCUGUUGAAAAGGGCCAGAUCGAGGCAAAAGAUAUCGACAUUGUCAAGUUUGAAAAAGCAAUGUACACGGGUCAAAGCCCUGACCUUGAUAUUAUGGUACGCACCUCGGGUGAAACCCGCUUCUCCGACUUUAUGAUUUGGCAAGGCUGUGAUAACUGCACUCUCGAGUUCAUCGAUACCCUUUGGCCAGACAUCAAUGCUUGGAACAUGUUUAAGAUUCUCUUCAAAUGGAGUUACAAAUCAACAAAGUAUUUUGAAAAGGAAGAAAUCAAGCAAUCCAAGCGUGCCGAUGUCAUCAAGUCCCUCUCUGGCUCACGCAAGCUUAAUCUCCCUAAACAAUACAUGGCCGAUGCUUUCAACCCCACGUCUUUGCCUACCAAAGUGUUCAAGGGUGGUCCUGCAGCCGCUUCCACCCCUACCGGGUCUUCCAAGAGUAAAGUUCCUCCCAAGGUAUCUGUUACUGAAGUUGCGCGCAACGACGUGCUACUUGCCAAUGCCUGA